GAUGCGAGGGGCGGUGAAGGAAGUUCGAGAGCUUACGUCGCGGGAUAGAGGGAAGCUCCCGGCUUUGCGAGGCGGCUGGUCUCGGAGAGGUCUCGUCCCCUUUCAUCUGAAGCGAUGAAUUCGCUGGAACAAGCGGAAGAUCUCAAGGCUUUUGAAAGAAGGCUAACUGAAUACAUAGCUUGUUUACAACCAGCUACUGGACGCUGGAGAAUAAUUCUUAUAGUGGUAUCAGUCUGGACAGCCACUGGUGCUUGGAACUGGUUAAUAGAUCCCGAAACGCAGAAGGUGUCUUUUUUCACGUCUCUAUGGAAUCAUCCAUUCUUCACCAUUAGCUGUAUUACAUUAAUUGGAUUUUUUGCUGGGAUACAUAAAAGAGUAGUGGCGCCCUCAAUCAUUGCCGCUCGAUGUCGAACUGUUUUGGCAGAAUACAACAUGUCAUGUGAUGAUACUGGAAAAUUAAUCUUGAAACCUCGUCUCCACGUCCAAUAACCCACGGCCUUUGCGUAAAGGGAUCGUGAAUUACACACGCCACUUUGGU